GCUCUGAUGAUGAAGAAUAUGAUGAAGAAUAUGGUUACGCGGGAAGUCUGUUUGCUGACCAGAAAUGGGAUGAUGAUGAUGAUGAGGCAGACAGAGUGUACAAUGCGAUAGAUAACCGAAUGGACGAGAAACGCAAAGAGAAGCGAGAGGCUAAGUAA